UCCAGAUCCAGAUCCAGAGGAGGAGAGAGAGCUGAGCCUGGCUGCUCUGUGAGCUGUGAUUGCCUUCACAAAGCCUGAUAAACAGCUGCUUACCAUUUAGACCACUUCUGCAAAGUUUCCCUCGGAGUUGUGUGUAUAUGUAGAUGCAGACAGCUCUUUGUGUCUGUGGAUGUUCAGAUGUAGAGAAAGUCUGCUGCACCGCUGGAAGGAGUCUGGACUUUGCGUAAUGCUGAGGCUCCAACAUCUGGAUUAACUAUUUGGAGUCUAGCAGGGCCUGCACAAAGACUGUCUAGUCUCUCUUUAUCUCUUUUCUUCUCCGGGAUUUAACUCCUUUUGAUACACCGAGGUUUGCUGUGUAGAUUAUGUAUUCUUUAAGAUGGGAGCGAACAAUGGAAAACUGUAUGGAAGCGAGGGUAAAGGCAGCUCAAGCAUCUCUUCUGACAUAAGUUCGAGCACAGAUCACACACCAACCAAAGCUCCAAAGAAUGUGGCUACCACUGAAGGUUUAGACUCCAGCACUCGGACUCUGAGCACCCCCAGCCCGGGUCUUAUCCUACCAUCCAAGUCCUCCUCCCUCUCCUCACCUGCCCUCUCCAGUAACGGCCAUGAGACCAACUCCUCUUCCUCCUCUUCUGCCCAAGCCGAGACCGUCGCCGUGGUCCACUCCCAACCUGGCACCCACACGCGCUCCCGCCAGUCGAAAAGCCACCACCACGCCCCCAUUGACCUCCUCCCCGACCACGCCCUCCUGCAGAUCUUCUCCCAUCUCCCCACCAAUCAGCUGUGCCGCUGCGCACGCGUGUGCCGCCGCUGGUACAACCUGGCGUGGGACCCGAGGCUGUGGAGCACCGUGAGGCUAACGGGAGAGCUGCUUCACGCCGACCGUGCCAUCAGGGUGCUGACCCACCGGCUGUGCCAGGACACCCCGAACGUGUGUCUGACCCUGGAGACGGUGGUCGUGAACGGCUGCAAACGGCUCACCGACCGCGGGCUGCACGUGGUGGCUCAAUGCUGCCCGGAGCUACGCCGCCUGGAGGUCGCCGGAUGUUAUAACAUCUCUAACGACGCUGUAUUUGAGGUGGUGUCCCGCUGCCCCAGCCUGGAACACCUGAACCUCUCAGGCUGCUCCAAGGUCACAUGUAUCAGCCUCACCCAGGAGGCCUCGCUCCAGCUGUCCCCGCUACACGGCCAGCAGAUCUCCAUUCACUUCCUGGACAUGACUGAUUGUUUUUCCCUCGAGGACGAGGGCUUGCGAACUAUCGCCUCCCACUGCCCCCGCCUGACACAUCUGUACUUGCGUCGCUGCAUCAGACUGACGGAUGAAGCUUUACGCCACCUGGCUCUCCACUGCCCCACAAUACGGGAGCUUAGCCUCAGUGACUGCCGCUUGGUGGGGGAUUUCGGCCUGCGAGAAGUCGCCCGCCUGGAGGGCUGCCUGCGCUACCUGAGCGUGGCCCAUUGCACCCGCAUAACUGAUGUGGGCAUGCGCUACGUGGCUCGCUACUGCCCAAGACUGCGCUACUUGAACGCGAGAGGCUGCGAGGGGCUGACAGACCACGGCCUGAGCCACUUGGCAAGGAGCUGCCCCAAAUUGAAGUCCCUGGAUGUGGGUAAGUGCCCGCUCGUGUCGGACAGCGGGCUGGAGCAGCUGGCGAUGUACUGCCAAGGCCUGAGGCGAGUGAGCCUCAGAGCGUGCGAGAGCGUGACAGGCAGAGGACUCAAAGCUCUGGCAGCAAACUGCUGCGAGCUGCAGCUCCUCAACGUGCAGGACUGCGAGGUGUCGCCAGAGGCUCUGCGGUUUGUUAGACGCCACUGCCGGCGCUGCGUCAUCGAGCACACAAACCCCGCUUUCUACUGAGACGGGGAGUUCUUGGACUGGUCCUCUGACAAGUGGAUGUUCUAAUAUUCCUGCUAUGGAGUUGGCAGAGUUCAGCGGCCGAUGUGUCAGAACUGGUUGAAAACUGGUGUGCAAUACUGGCCAGAAUUUGUCUCUUUGAAUCCGCCUGGUGGCUUUUUAAUUCUGAAAACACUUCCAUAGACUGUAUUUAACAUAUUUAUCUGUAAAAAGGCAGAGAAGUACAGUAUGUCAGUAUAUUACAACAUCACUCUUUACAACGUAACGACACUGAGCACUGGGUACAGUCGUGUUACCAUGUAACAGCAUUGUAAUCUAUUUUAUUUCAACACCGUACGGCCCUGAAACAUAAUCAUUAUCAUACAUUACUGCAUCUAUUUAUAAACAGCAAGUAUCUUCAGACUAAACCACUAAGAAUGUAGCUACGAAGCAGCAACUAAAAAAUAUUCUUCAGUUUAAUUUUCUUUAUGUUGCAUAUGCACUUUAUGCAAUUGUGCUGACAAUCACUUCAACUGAAAGUGUCAUCUUCUUUCUGUAAAUCUAACUAUUAGCCAGAACAUUUUUUUACAGCCAAAUAGAAACAAACAAAGAACACAUUGCUGCUAUAACUGUGCCAAUAAACUUCUUCAAAAUCCG